AUGAUAUCAACUGCCUCACAUGGAGGUGCAUAAACUGAUUCUCAUUUAGAAAAUUAUUAGAUGAAAUAGCAAAACUAUCAAAACUAGCAAACCUAGAGAAAAGAAGCUUGGACAAUUGAGGAUUUCAAAAAUGUUCAAUCUAUUGGCAAUGGUAAAUUUGGAAAGGUCUUUAAAGCACUUGAACGCAAUUCUAACAAAUAAGUAGCUAUCAAGAUGGUGCAUAAAAACUUACUGGAAAAAUUUGACUUCUUUACUCAGAUGAAAAAAGAACUAGAAAUUCAAUGGAGACUCAGACAUCCGAAUAUCAUUAGGCUGUUUGGGUAUUUCUACGAUGAUAAAUCUAUCUAUGUAGUCCUAGAAUAUGCUUAAUACGGUAAUCUAUAUCAAAAACUCAAAAAGGAAAAGUUCUUCAAAGAAGAUAGAGCGAAGAAUAUCAUAAGAUAGAUUGUAGACGCAUUAAUAUACAUGUAGGAGAGAAAUGUUAUCCACAGAGAUAUCAAGCCAGAGAAUAUACUUAUUAUGGAUAUUGAUAAGAUGCAUGUAAAAUUAUGUGAUUAUGGUUGGUCUACUCAUACAAUUGAUGAAAGGAGAAUGACAUUUUGUGGUACUGUAGACUAUGUUGCUCCGGAACUUAUUUAUCAGGAGCCAUAUGAUGAGAAAAUAGAUGUGUGGGCAGUAGGCAUUCUGACCUAUGAAUUACUAACUGGAACAGCUCCAUUCACAGGAUAAAAUGAGAAAGAUACAUAUCAGAAUAUAACUAAUCUCGACUUGUAAGCUAAUCAAAUUUAUGAGAAGAUCAGCUAUGAAGCAAAGGACUUUAUCGGCUAAAUCCUGGUGAAUAUUCCAUCUAAGAGAAUGCAGCUAGAGGAUAUGCUCAGACAUCCAUGGCUCAAUGAGAAUUCAUAUUUCGGUGAUUACAAUUGA